AUGAAAGAUGUCAAAGCUGGAGAACAAUUUAGAAAAUUUUGGCUGUUUUUCUACAAACCCAUAUUAAAGGGUCUUGGUAGAUAUAAUAUUUGGAUGAGAUUUCCUUCCUCGUUGGUGGAUUGGGAAUCUUACCGAACAGUGCUCCUUUGAUUCUUUCAACUUUCUUUCUUUUUUGUAUGCUGCAAGGUUGAUUACCUUUCUGCGUUCUUCAGAGGUUAAGAUCUCUCCCCUUUUCUUGUGUUUGAGAAGGUUCUCUUUAUUCUUCUCAACCGCACUAAAAAUUAAAAAAGGCGCAGGCAGAGUACAUUACAUAGGAUGAGCGACGAGGGAUCGUUGUGUCUGUCCUUACUCUUCUGUUAUACUACGAAGAGUUCCGGGUUUUUGUCCUGACUGGUGAGAAAGAUUCUUCUCUGGAUUCAAAGAUAAUGAAUGGUAUAACAAAGAAUCUCCUUUGUGACUGUAAAUGUUCCUGCUGACGACGCUUUCAAGCAUAUAGGGACCUUUUCUUGAUCUGGGUCUCUCCUGGUUCCUCCAUCUCUGCAGAUUCUCAACCUAUUUCAGGCAGAAUAUUUCUGGAACAUGUGCCAGUAACAUCUCACAUUAUGGGUUGGUUAAGCAAAAUUUUCAAAGGUUCCAGCCAAAAAAUCUCACAAGGGCAGUACCAUGGAAAAUACGAAGACGACAGGGUUUGGAAUGAACCUUCUAAUUUGGAUGCAUGGUCAGAUUAUGAGAAUGAAGAUAUAGAUCGUGCUAUUGCACUUUCCCUUUCAGAAGAAGAUCAAAAAGGGAAAAAUGUGAUUGAUAAUGAAUCUCAUUUGGAGGAAGAUGAACAACUUGCUAGAGCUCUACAAGAAAGUUUGAAUGUUGAGUCUCCUCGUUAUGAUAAUGGAAAUACGUAUCCACCCAUACCAUUCCCUUUUGUGACAGGGUUCAGGAUUUGUGCUGGUUGCAAUACUGAGAUUGGUCAUGGACGAUUUUUGAGUUGCAUGGGUGCAGUUUGGCACCCAGAAUGUUUCCGUUGCCAUGCUUGUAAUCUUCCAAUUUCUGAUUAUGAGUUUUCCAUGUCUGGGAAUUACCCUUAUCAUAAAUCUUGCUACAAGGAGCACUAUCACCCAAAAUGUGACGUGUGCAAUAACUUUAUUCCAACAAAUGAUGUUGGUCUGAUUGAAUAUAGGGCACAUCCUUUCUGGAUGCAAAAGUAUUGCCCCUCACAUGAGUUUGAUGGAACACCUCGCUGUUGUAGCUGUGAACGGAUGGAGCCAAGGGACACAAGAUAUGUAUCCCUUGAUGAUGGUCGAAAGCUCUGUCUGGAGUGUCUUGACUCAGCAAUCAUGGACACUAGUGAAUGCCAACCCCUUUACCUUGACAUACAAGAAUUUUAUGAGGGUUUAAAUAUGCAAGUGAAGCAGCAAAUUCCGUUACUCCUUGUCGAGAGGCAAGCACUUAAUGAGGCUAUGGAGGGAGAAAAGAACGGCCAUCAUCAUAUGCCUGAGACGAGAGGACUUUGCUUGUCAGAAGAACAGACCGUCAGCACUAUCUUGAGGAGGCCAAGAAUCGGGGCAGGAAACCGAAUCAUUGAAAUGAUUACAGAGCCAUAUAGGUUAACCCGUCGAUGUGAAGUAACAGCCAUUCUUGUUUUGUAUGGCCUUCCUAGAUUGCUGACUGGGUCAAUCCUGGCACAUGAGAUGAUGCAUGCAUGGCUGCGGCUAAAUGGCUACCGCACACUUAGUCAAGAUGUGGAAGAAGGUAUUUGCCAGGUGCUGGCACAUAUGUGGCUGGAUUCAGAGAUCAUGUCAGGUAUUGGUAGUAACGUUGCUUCAACUUCAUCUUCAUCAGCGUCAUCUUCUUCCACAUCAUCAAAGAAGGGUACACGCUCUCAAUUUGAGAGGAAGCUUGGAGAGUAUUUUAAGCACCAGAUUGAAUCAGAUACUUCACCAGCAUAUGGAGAUGGUUUCAGAGCUGGUAACGAGGCAGUGCUCAAGUAUGGCCUCCGGAGGACACUUGAUCAUAUUCGGAUGACAGGGAGCUUUCCCUACUGAAACUUAGAGCCCUGAUUCCACUAUUGUUUUCUAAUCAAUUUGCAAGGCAAAACUUGGCCCUAUCAUAUUAGAGUCUAGGGCCAAGAAUCAAUUUUCAUGAGAAAAGUGAUCAACAAAAUUCUGUCUUCUACAUCCUUUUCCCAUUA